AUGACGACUGUGAUCGACUCGCAGAUAUUUCACAAUGCGUUCUCGACGGCUGAGAUUGCAGAAAUUUGGAGCGACAAGCAACGUACGGCCUACUACCUUGACUUCGAGGCUGCGUUGGCCAAAGUACAGGCGCAGUUGAACAUCAUCCCGAAGAACGCCGCAGCUGAGAUUGUGAAGCACUGCAAAAUAGAGUUUAUGGACUUCGAAGAGUUGAGACAGCAGACAGAGAUGAUUGGAUAUCCCGUCUUGCCGAUGGUGCAACAGCUGGUUACAAAGGUCAAUGAGGUCGAGUCCAAGCUGGGAGAGUGGGCUCAUUGGGGGACGACCACGCAAGAUGUCACCGAUACAGCCACCGUGCUUCAGCUUCGUGACACUCUGCAGUUAGUUGACGGCAUGCUUCAUAACAUCAUUGUAUCCCUAGAGGAUCUUUGCACCAAGUAUAAGUCAACCCCCAUGACAGCACGUUCCAAUCUACAGCAAGCUGUCCCGAUUUCUUUCGGCUUCAAAGUAGCACGACUGCUAGCUACCUUUGCACGUCACAAGCAGCGACUUGACGAGAUUCGACCGCGUUUACUCGUGCUCGAGUUCAGCGGCGCAGCUGGAACACUUGCGACACUCAGUGAAUCCACUGCAUACGGCCCACCGCCUCCCUCGGAAGAUAACGAACCACUUGGUCUUCGCUGCCAAAGCCUCCUGGCGACUGAACUGGGUCUCGCCGUGCCCACCAUAGCUUGGCACACCGAACGCGACAACUUUGCUGAAGUCACAUCCUUCCUGGCCAUCCUGACAGCCACCUGCGCCAAAUUUGCCACAGACCUCAAACUCAUGAUGCAGUCCGAAGUCUCGGAAGCCAGCGAGCCAUACGUGGCCCAUCGUGGCAGUAGCUCCACCAUGCCGCAGAAGCGCAACCCCAUCGGCUGUGCGUAUAUCUGCUCAAUGGCCAGUUCAGUACGAGCUAUGGCAAGUAGUAUGGUUGAAGCCAUGGUUGCGGACCACGAAAGGAGCACAGGGCCAUGGGAGAUCGAGUGGGUCAUGCUGCCGCAAAUCUGUGCAUUGAGUCACGCCUGUCUGAAGCAGACGCAUUAUUUGAUCGCCGGAAUGGAGCUAGACCAAGAUGGUAUGCAGCGGAAUCUUGAGCUAUCUCGUGGGGCUAUCGCCAGUGAGGCCGUCAUGAUGGGGUUGGGGAAGACGCUAGGAAGGCAGUAUGCGCACGACCUUGUGCAUGGUCUUUGCCGCAAGGCACAGUCCGAGAGAAGGUCGUUACUUGAAAUUUUGCUAGAGAAUGACGAGGUUAAGAACACUGGUUUGUGCGAGGGGGAGUUGCAGAGGCUCUGCGACCCCGCCAACUACCUUGGGCUGAGCGAAGUCAUGGUGGAGCGGGUUUUACGAGCAGUAAGAGAGUGA